GACAGUUCAACGAUGAUGACGUUUCCGAGACACGACUCAAAAAUCCAAAAUCAGUCUCAAAAAUUGUAAACAUUUCGUGAGAAUUUGUGAUAUCAGUUCAACUUUCACCAAUUUCGCAGCCAAAACCCCUCAAUCAAAGUGGCGCAGUUCGGCGGAAGUAGCGGCGGAAAGAUGCGACGUUCCCAGGGCUAUGCGUACCAGCCGCUGGGCCAGAAUCCGGGCCCGAGUGGCAGCGGAGGUGCCCACAGCAGUCACGACGCCCUGGAGGAGGAAAACGAACGGAUGGCGGACGAGCUGAAGGGCAAGAUCGGGGCGCUUAAAUCGCUCACGAUAGACAUCGGGAACGAAGUGCGGUACCAGGACAAGCUGCUGCGGGGCAUCGACGAGGACAUGGACCGAACCGGGGGGUUUAUGAGUAAUACGAUUUCGCGCGUCGUUCGGCUGGGGAAGGGUGGCCACAGGAAUUACAUGUGUUACAUGUUUCUGUUUGUGAUGUUUGUGUUCUUUAUUCUGUUUUUGAUAUUGAAGCUCAGAUAAUCCGGAAAGGAACGGAAGGGUGGGGUUUGCGGAAUUGGGGACAGUUUUACACAUUCAUAGAUGUGAUGCAUUAUUAUUUUAUUCAUCUGAAUCAACGGCGGUUAUUAUAUAUUUAUAGUGGAAUAAUAAACAAUUCAACAAGUA